AUGGCCAAGGACAAAAAGUCUCGCAAGAGCCUCGGAGGCGACGAGGAGGACUAUGAGGCUCGCUUGGGCUCUUUGAUGCCCAUUGCGAAGCCUUUGGCUCCGAAAAAAUUGAACAAAAAGGUCCUUAAGACUGUUAAAAAGGCCUCCAAGUCGAAACACAUCCUCCGUGGUGUGAAGGAGGUUGUCAAGGCUGUCCGCAAGGGCGAGAAGGGUUUGGUCAUUUUGGCUGGCGACAUUUCGCCCAUCGACGUUAUCUCUCACAUUCCUGUCCUGUGCGAGGACAACGAGGUGCCGUAUGUGUACACCGUGUCCAAGGAGCUCCUUGGAGAGGCUUCCAGCACGAAGCGUCCUACCAGCUGUGUCAUGAUUGUCCCCGGUGGCAAGAAGAAGGACAUGGACAAGGCUGAGGACUACAAGGGAGUCUACGACGAGAUAGUCGCAGAGAUUCCCCAGCUGGCUUGA